GGAGGCCACAAUUUCUGAAAACAUUUCUGUUUCAAGAGGCAGGCUGGCUUCCUCUUCCAUGGAUUUCUCUGUCAGUACCGCAAUUCUCCUGACCAUCUCCUGCUGCCUGGGGAAUACCGAAGCCCGAAAUUACAAAUAUGUACUCACUGUACCAAAUGGGGGUCCAUGGGGUACUUGGGGCUCAAGUGAGUUUUGCCCUGAAGGCUAUGCAAAUGGAUUCUCCCUGAAGGUAGAAGUACCCCAAGGGAAUGGUGACGAUACAGCUCUGAAUGGAAUCCGUUUGUACUGUACCAAAGGCAAAACAAUCGAGUCUACAGUUGGGCCGUGGGGACACUGGACCACCACCCACUUCUGCCACUCGGGCUACCUGGUUUCCUUUUCUCUGCGAGUGGAACCCCCUCAAGGAGAUGGUGACGAAACGGCAGCUAACAACAUCCAGUUCACUUGCAGUGAUGGUCAAGCCCUGCGAGGCCAUGGCCAGGGUUGGGGUUAUUUUGGCCCAUGGAGCAGUCGCUGCCCCUCGACCGGUAUAUGUGGGAUACGAACAAAGGUGGAGGAAAAACAGGUUAACGGUGAUGACACAACACUCAAUGAUGUGAAUUUUUACUGCUGUUAAUAGCUGAUACAUGUUUCAUCACCUGGAAAUACCUUUCGCUAUAUAUUUCCAACAGUGGUGGGAUUUACUACCGGUUCUGUGGUGUGGCUUGGUGGGCAUGGCAUGGCUUGGGGGUGUGGCUUGGUGGGCAUGGCGUGGCUUGGUGGGCGUGGCGGGGAAGGAUACUGUAAAAUCUCCAUUCCCACCCCACUCCAGGGGAAGGUUACUGCAAAAUCCCCAUUUCCUUCCAAUUAGCUGGGAUUCAGGAGGCAGAGAAUAGAUGGGGGCAGGGCCAGUCAGAGAUGGUAUUUACUGGUUCUCCGAACCUCUCAAAAUUUCCGCUACCGGUUCUCCAGAACUGGUCAGAACCUGCUGAAUACCACCUCUGAUUUUCAAAGACUGCUAAUUAUAGUCCAAUAUUAACUCGAGAAGAGAGGAUAUGUUUGUGUAAAGUGUGAUAGUACAAGGUACUAUCCCCGCCCCCCUGGCAUGUCUUGAAAUGGGUUUAGAUUGGAAAGAAAAAAAUGUGGUGGCAGAAACCUCAAGCAUUGCAAAGAUUGAUGAUCUAUUAUCUAUCAUUUUGAAUGAAGUCACAGAACCAAACUGUAAUACUGUAUUACUGCUUUCUUGCUUGCAAAUAAAAUUACGUUGCAUCUUCAAAGUCA